UGGAAAUCGAACAUUUUGGCCGACUCUUCCUUUUACAUGCAAUUCUAUGUAAAAUUCCCUUCUGCCAUAUCUUCCCUUUUCCUCCUCUUGUCAAGAUUUUACUUUCGUGUGUUCACUUUGCUGAGAGGUUCCAUAUGCCUGCGAGAUAAAACGCUUAUUACGCGUACUUAGUCCUUCAGAGUGGCUCUGCUACGUAGGCUGAUACUUAGUCUAUCUAGUAUCUGAAUGUUGAGCUUCUGUCGCCUCCCACCACAAACACUCACAAGCUUCCUAAUCUGACCUCCUUAUUGAGCAGCUCCUCUCUUUCUAGGAGCAUGACUCCAAUGCGGGAAUGCCGCCAUUAACCUCAUAUCGUCCGACCGAGCCUCUAGAUUCUCCAGUAAACGAUUCAGAUUCAGAUGUCGAUCUAGACCUCGAGGAACUAGACCCGAGCACCUCCUCCCACGUCCAAGCAUCUCGCCUUCUAGGACAUAAUCAAAGCCCUGAACAGCGAGUUCCACGGAUCGCAUUACGAAAUAUUCGCAUGGGCGGUUUGAGGCGAUCGGGAAAUCGAGGUCGCGGCUAUGGCGAACUUGGCCAUGAUAGGGAUGGGAUUAAUGACGCCGUGGACGUGCUAGAGGACGACCCACAAGGACAGCGGUAUUCGGGUGGAAGCCAGCAUGCUGGCGACGAAGCGCCUCUCCUAGAUGAAUAUGCCUCGCAAUCUCGGAGAUCUUUUGCCAGCGAUAGGCUCCAGAGUCUCGCUCAUAUUAGCUCGUCCUUGAGACUGCCUAGCUUCAUGUCCAGUACUACUACCAACCGACAAGACGAGGAUGGAAUUGCCGAUUAUAGAGAAGGCGAUCCUUCGACCUCGAGAAUUCUUGCUGUCGGCUCUCCUCAAGCUACUCGUUAUCCGCCGAAUCUUGUCUCAAAUGCCAAGUACACGGCUUUUACUUUUCUCCCUAUCACUUUAUACAAUGAAUUUUCGUUCUUUUUUAAUAUGUACUUUCUCCUAGUCGCUCUGUCGCAGGCCAUCCCACCCCUGAGGAUAGGUUAUCUAUCCACCUAUAUUGCUCCGCUUGCAUUCGUCCUUUUUAUCACAAUGGGGAAGGAGGCAUACGAUGAUAUAGAGCGACGUCGGAGAGAUAACGAAGCGAACUCGGAGGAAUAUGUCGUUCUUCGUUUUAGGGAACCAGGACAAACCGGCACAUCAUCACGCGUUCUCAGGAAUCUCAAGUCGACAGUCGCACGGAAAGCAGAUCGACAAUCGUUGACGAACAGGGACCGGUUGUCGGAUAUUCAGGAAGAAGAGGAGCAAACCGAAGGUCGAGGUAGGGGUCGUCCAUCUUCCUUUGUCGAGGAAGUCAACAAGAAGUCCCGAGAUCUUAAGGUUGGAGAUGUUCUCAAACUAAGUAAAGGCCAGCGCGUCCCUGCGGACGUUGUCAUCUUGAAGUGUUCCACCCCUGAAGGCGCACAAGCUCAAAUACAGAUCCCGGAAAGUUUAGAAUCGGAAACAUUGUUAGUCAGUCCUCUGGAGGGCGACGCCUACCAACCCAAUUCCUCGCCCUCACUUGGGACGUCGAAGAAUCCCGAUCCAGACGACUCGCAUACUUCCAACAGUAAGUCUUCCGGAGAAACUUUCAUUAGAACCGAUCAACUAGACGGCGAGACGGACUGGAAGCUUCGACUAGCGUCUGCCCUGACCCAGACUCUUCCUGUAGAGGAGUUCGUUCGUGUCAGGGUCACAGGUGGAAAGCCUGAUAAGAAGGUUAAUGAAUUCGUUGGCAAGCUUGAGUUGAUGACGACGCGAAACGACGCCUUAGACAGCCAAUGUGAUGAAAGCAGUAUAGAUAAUGGCGGCCACACCGCCGCCCUGUCAAUCGACAAUACCGCUUGGGCAAAUACUAUCAUUGCCUCCCAAGCGAUUACCAUGGCUGUCAUCGUCUACACUGGUCCGCAAACGCGAUCAGCACUUUCCACAUCGUUGUCACGGUCUAAGACUGGUCUAUUGGAAUACGAGAUCAAUUCCCUUACCAAAAUACUUUGCGCACUUACCUUAGCAUUGUCGGUUGUUUUGGUCGCCCUAGAAGGAUUUGGCGACACCGAGGGGAAUAUAUGGUAUGUGAAAAUCAUGCGCUUCCUCGUGCUCUUCUCUACCAUUGUACCGAUCAGCCUCCGAGUCAAUCUUGAUCUUGGGAAGAGUGUAUAUUCGUGGUUCAUACAGCGGGAUCCAGGUAUUCCGGGUGCGGUGGUUCGGACUAGCACAAUUCCGGAGGAUCUUGGGCGUAUCGAAUAUUUACUGAGCGACAAGACGGGCACUCUGACCCAAAAUGAGAUGGAGAUGAAGAAAAUCCACGUGGGCACUGUUUCUUAUGCCAACGAGGCAAUGGAUGAGGUAGUGGGAUAUAUUAGACAUGGGUUUGUCGCGGCACCGAGCGACAAGGCAUUGGUCACGCCUUCCUCUUCCUACAGUACAACUGCUGGCGUCACAGCAACCAGGACACGGCGAGAAAUCGGGUCCAGAGUUCGUGACGUUGUUCUGGCCUUGGCUCUCUGUCAUAAUGUAACACCUACGGUGGAAGAGGAGGAUGGCCAGACAACCACUUCUUACCAAGCCUCCUCUCCAGACGAGAUAGCCAUAGUCCGAUGGACCGAGUCCGUCGGUCUUCGUCUUGCGUAUCGAGACCGAAAGAAAAUGGUCCUAGAGUCCACUGACACGGGAAAGGUAGUCGUGCAAGUUCAGAUUCUGGAUAUCUUCCCUUUCACUUCCGACGGCAAGCGCAUGGGAAUAAUUGUCCGGUUUCAAGAGCAAAUGAAUCCUUCUUCUCAUGAUUUAGAUGGCGGUGAUGUUUGGUUCUAUCAAAAAGGUGCCGACACCGUCAUGGGAUCUAUUGUAGCUGCAAAUGACUGGCUGGAUGAAGAAACCGCAAACAUGGCCCGGGAAGGUCUAAGGACUCUGGUAGUCGGAAGGAAAAGGCUGCCCUCUGAAAAAUACCGAGCUUUCUCAGCCAGCUACCAGGAAGCCUCGUUAGCGAUCAGCGGUCGUGAUGCUGGAAUGCAACGCGUGGUGUCGGAAUUCCUCGAGCACGAUCUCGAGCUUCUUGGGGUUACUGGCGUCGAGGAUAAACUUCAGAGGGAUGUCAAACCAUCCCUGGAGCUACUUCGCAACGCUGGUAUCAAAAUAUGGAUGCUGACAGGUGACAAAGUCGAGACAGCAAGGUGUGUUGCUGUCAGUUCGAAACUUGUUGCGCGAGGACAGUAUAUCUAUACCGUUGCGAAGCUCAAGCAUAAGGACAAUGCUCAAGAUCAUCUGGACUUCCUCAGGAGCAAGCCGGACUCCUGUUUACUGAUUGAUGGCGAGAGCCUGGUGCUUUAUCUAACACAUUUUAGAGUUGAUUUCAUUUCGGUUGCUGUUCGACUACCAACGGUUGUCGCCUGCCGAUGUUCACCCACACAGAAAGCCGACAUCGCAAAACUAAUCAAGGAAUUUACUAAGAAGCGAGUAUGCUGCAUCGGUGAUGGCGGGAAUGAUGUCUCGAUGAUACAAGCCGCGGAUGUUGGUGUUGGUAUCGUCGGCAAAGAAGGUCGGCAGGCCAGCCUCGCGGCUGAUUUCUCCAUCGAGCAAUUCUGCCACCUUACCAAACUUCUAGUGUGGCACGGCCGAAACAGCUAUAAGCGGAGUGCUAAGCUCGCCCAAUUCGUAAUUCAUCGUGGUCUCAUAAUCGCGGUCUGUCAGACCAUGUACAGCAUCGCCAUCAAAUUUGAGCCGGAAGGCUUAUAUAAGGAUUGGCUCCUCGUGGGAUAUGCCACUGUAUACACGGCAGCGCCGGUGCUGUCACUCGUCCUUGAUAAAGAUGUCGAUGAAAACCUUGCGAACCUCUACCCUGAGUUGUACAAAGAGUUGACAUCAGGCCGCUCCUUAUCCUACCGUACCUUUUUCGUCUGGGUUUUUGUGUCGAUUUAUCAAGGUGGCAUGAUCCAAGGCCUAUCCCAAAUCCUCACAGAAGUUGAUGGGCCAAGGAUGGUGGCUGUCAGCUACACAGUUCUUGUGCUCAACGAGCUUUUGAUGGUUGCCAUCGAGAUCACAACAUGGCAUCCUGUUAUGAUCAUGUGUAUCAUUGGGACCUUUCUAUUUUAUAUUGGGUCGAUGCCGUUCCUGGGUGGAUAUUUCGAUCUUGAUUUCCUUCUCAGUUGGGGUUUCGUCUGGCGCGUGCUCGCCAUCGGUUCCAUCUCUCUAAUACCACCGUACGCUGGGAAAUUGAUUAGGAGAACAAUGAAACCACCAUCGUACAGAAAGGUUCAAGGCAUAUGACGAUGUGUCUAUAUGGGGCAAUGCACAUUGGUUAGGCGUCCGGCGUUUAUAUUAUAUAUAUAUAUAUAUAUAAUCAUAAGCCCUCGUCCUCGAGUGGCUUUGGUGAAAAUCGUUUAUUGCCAUUAACCCCCCAGCCAUUGUCUUGUAGCUUCAAUAUCGUAGUGUACCUAUGAAUAUCUAGUGGAUCAAAGUAAGGUUUUAAAAAGAUUUUGGUUGGAUACUGUCG